AUGGCAAACACCAAUCCAUCACAGCUCCUCCCGUCAGAGCUAAUAGACAGGUGCGUGGGGUCGAAAAUAUGGGUGAUAAUGAAAGGAGACAAGGAGCUUGUUGGUACUCUCAGGGGCUUCGACGUCUAUGUCAACAUGGUACUUGAAGACGUUACUGAAUAUGAAAUCACGGCUGAAGGGCGACGCAUAACCAAGCUUGAUCAGAUAUUACUGAAUGGAAAUAACAUUGCCAUUCUGGUUCCUGGUGGUUCCCCUGAUCCAGAAUGA